UCUUUCAUUUUGUUGUUUAUAAAAAAAAUUGUAAAGAAACUUGUAAAAUAUCAAAACAAUAAUAAUGAAUUGUUUAUUGUGUUUCAAAGUAUCAGAAAACAUUAAAGAAAUUCUUACAGUUAAUUCCGCCGAUUGGCAAGAACAAAAUAUACAACACAUCGUUGAAAAAUAUCUGUGGAAAAUGGAACAUAUAAAAAUCGACUCCCAUGUAUGCCUAACAUGUUGGAAGGAAUUAUACAAUUUCCAUAGAUUCUACACUGAGAUAGAAAAGUCACAUAAACAUUUGAAUAGUUUCAUGAAAACGGAUGUAAUUUCUGAUGAUAUUUACAACGGAAAAAAAGAAUUACUUGAAACAAAUUCUAAAGAAAAUGUAGAAAAUUAUCAACUUGAGCCAGAAAUUCUAUUGAUAAAACAAGAAAAUCCUUUAGAAGUUUAUGAAACAGAGUUAGUACAGGAAUUUAAUCAUGUAAAACGAAAAAUAAAACGUAAAUGCUCUACUAAAAAAGUUAAAAAUGUAAUAAAAUAUCGUAAAACAAGAUCUGAGAAAGAAAGAAUUAAAGCUGAAUUGGCAGAUAUAGAAAAGCCCACACAAAUUGCCAUAAAAUUGGAAGUGGAUGUGGAAAAUGACACUAAAGAAAGUAAUUCUAUUGCAAAUAUUGAAGAUCAAGAUGAUAUUAGCUGUGAAAGUGAUGACGAACCAACAAAUACGAUCGAUUCAGCUAAAACUCAUAUCCAACGCGAAAGAAAUGAUAAAUUCAUAGCCGAACAUUUUGAAAUGACCAACUGUAGCUUUUGUCAAAUACCAUUGGCAACAUUUUCCACACUGAUUAAACAUUUCAAAGAGGAACACAAUGAACGUGGAUAUGCUCUCUGCUGUAAUCGAAAGUAUUAUACCCGUACGGAAUUAAUAGAUCAUAUUAAGUGGCAUAUAAAUCCAGAGCACUUUAAAUGCAAAUAUUGUGAUAAAAUAUUGUCUAGUCGUGUCUGCUUGAAGUUACACAUAAAAAAUGUUCAUGAUCAAAUGAGUAUUGAGUGCGAUAUUUGUGGCAAAAGUUUGGCAAAUGUAUACAGUCUCAAAACGCAUAAACUAUUACACGUUGUGAAAGAUAAUGAAAGAAUACCAUGUACACAUUGUGAUAAGUCCUUCGUCUCUAAACAAUUCCUAGACAAUCAUAUAAGCAAUGUUCAUUUAAAGAAAUACCAUAAAAUAUGCGAUCUAUGUGGUGUUUCCAUAUUAGAAAAGCAAAGAUUUAAACGACACAUGCUAGAACAUCAAGGUAAACCACUACCAAAGGUAAGUUGUGAGGUUUGUGGUCGUCUUCUGUCCGACGUAAAAUGUUUAAAGCGGCACAUGAACUCACAUCAUCCGCCGGAAGGUGUUAAAAACGAAAUUGAUUGUCCUAUAUGCAAGAAAAUGUUUGCUAAUCGUACCAAUCUUAAGAACCACAUAAAAGUUGUUCACGAAAAUAGUUGUGAAAGUAAAUGUACAAUGUGUGAGAAGACAUUUAAAAGGCCGGAUGCGUUAAAGGAUCAUAUGGCUAAGCAUAUCGGCAAGCCGUUACAUGCUUGCGGUUGGUGUCCCAAGUCAUUUUAUUCAAACGGCCAGAUGCAUGCUCAUCGUAAAAGUGUGCAUCCAAUGGAAUGGCAAGAAUCAGUGCGAGAAAAACAUUCUGGAAAUUUACCAGAAAAAUAUAUUUCAAAAUCUUUACAAAAUGAAUAUGAGUAUAUUCUGUAAAAUAAAAAAAUUAUCUAUAAAACAAA